UUGACACAAGAGGAAAUUUAUCUGAGUGCUGUCGAUGAAAAUUAAAAGAAUUAAUCAAUAGUUAAUAUUAAAAGUUCGAGUUUUACGAAUGCAUGGAAGAAAUCAUUUAAAGAAUAGAGACAACAAGUUAAUUCAUUGAAAAAAGCUAAUCUAUCAAUUAAAACAAUUUUCAUCUCUAUUUCAAAAACAUAGUUUUGUCUAUUUUUUCAAUUUUGAAUAACAACUGAACUCUCUGCGUCAUUACAAACCAAAUAGCGUGAUGGUUGAAGAUUUAUAAAGGAAAAACAUAUUAUGAUGGACGCAUUAGAUAACAACUAGUACCUUUACAAAAUUGUGUGAAUAUCUGAAAUAUUCAUUUAAUUGGUCCUGAUUACGAAUUAGUCGUAUUUGGACGAGAAAAUGAUUAUCCUCCUUGGGGCUCUGUUCGUCGCAUUAGCAGGUUUUGCUCAUUCUAGUGGUUCACCGAAAAGAUUGCCUAAUCAGGUUUACAUGCCACAAGGUCCGGCCAGUACGUCCGGAAGGAAAACAGACGAAGUUCCAUCCCCUAGCAUACACACGGAAGAGCUUAAAUUAUACACGGAAGUUGGUGUAGUCAACGAUGAAGGUAUUUUCUACGAGGAAAAUGGCAAAUAUUAUCCAGUCCAAAAAGGUAUUCCUCUUCUAGAACACAGUGGUUUUAUUAUUGGAAGACCCAGUAAUGGAUUAGUUGCGCCAAUAUUUAAUAGUGAGCACAAACCUGUCCGGGCAGACCAAGAUAUUUUUAACUUUCAACAUCCAAUUACCAAAGAAGAAUAUCGGAAGUAUCAUUUUUUCGAACGUAUCCCAUCAUAUUAUCAUGUAGUAAAUCUUCUAAAACAAGGUGAACCUGAACCUGAACUAGAAGUUUCAUCACAUUUUGGCGAAAUAAGGUUGGCAUCUUAUGCUCCAGCCAAAAAAUCCGGAAAAAAAGGCAAGAAAAAAAACCGUGCUUCCAAGUGAAAAAGAUACUCAAAGGAUGCCAAUUGUGUAUUUGGAAAAAAGGCUUCGUACACGUAAGAAUAGUUUAGACUAUUCCCAAAAACACGGAAAUAAUGGAAAUAAGGAAAAGUUGCCGACAUUUAUUAGGUCUACAGAGAGUCAAAAAGAAUACCUACAAAAGAAUCAAAAUCUAUUUUUAGCAUGAUUUUAAGUAUUCAAAAAAUACAAUAAAGACAUAAAAUAAUAGUAAAAAUGCACAAAAUAAAAAAAAAAUCAUAGGGCAGAGAAAACAUGUCAAAUUUCAGAGUCAAAGUUCAAGCUUAAAUUUUGUAUAUAACAGUUCAGAGGUUAAAAUUUAAAUCUAAGAGUUUAAAUGUCAGGUUUUGUAAUUUAUAUUAUUUAAGUACCAAUAUUGGCGGUAGCAAAUCCCCGCCAAGGUCAAGAAAAAUACCGUAAAUAUAUAUUCUUGAAAAAACUACUUUGUUUUGAAAAAUAUAUUUGAUUUGCGAAUCAUUUGUACCAAACACGCCUACGAUGCAAAAAUAUUGAGAAAUCCAACUUUACUUGUAAAAAUUAGUUACUAGUAUUUGGAAAUAAAUUAUACAGAUAUUGUUGUGG